AUGUCCAAGCACGUGGUUUCACAAGGUAAUGAUGACCAUAACCUAAAAAAUCUUGUUGACCAUGAUUACGUUGGAAGUAAUGACACCAACAACAUAAAUACCAACAAUACAACCAAUAGUGUGAAUUUUUUUUCUAUACCGUCAAGUGUUGUUACACCUACUACUCCCAUUGAUACUCAUAGUCCAUUAUCAAAUUCCACAAACAAUGCAACUAAUGUUCACAAAAGCUUGCCCCAACAAUCGAACAUGAUCUCAGAUACGAAUUCUGUUGUGAUGGCGUUGAUUGAACAAAAUCGAUUGCUUAUGGAACAAUUGUUAUUGCGCCGUUCUACAACGCCAAGUCCAUCUGUUCAAAGUAAUGUAUCGAACGGUUAUUACGUAAUGCCAGAUUUCCAUGAAACAUUGUCGAACUUCAUCGGAACUGAGUCACCCACUGAAGCGUCAAAUUGGAUGAAGAGUAUUAAUUCGACGGCUGGUAUUCAUAAUUGGCCAGAUUCAUUUAAAUUGGAGAUUAUACGAACUAAGUUUAAAGGUGCUGCUCACAACUGGUACCUUGGAAGAACAUUUUCUGACUGGGAGCAUUUCGAAAGACAGUUCAGAGAAACUUUUAUUGGUACACAAACUUCAACAGUUGAGCGUACAAAAUUGUUAAUUGCUCGCCCCCAACGAAAAGGUGAAACAAUCAUAGAAUAUUUCCACGACAAGGCUCGUGUGUGUCGUGAACUUGAACUCAACUUUUACGAGUCUAAGCAACAGAUUGUCGCGAAUUAUGUUUGUAUUUAUUGA